AUGUCUGAAACGCCGGUACCCAAUGCCGAGGGCAACCAGCCCAAGGCUGUAAAGGACAAAAACUGCGAGUACUGCGGCCAAGCCUUCACCUCGUCUUCCCUCGGCCGACAUCUUGAUCUCUAUAUCAAAGACAAGAACCCCAAGCCCCCGGAUGGUAUUCAUGAUGUUGAUGCUAUCCGGAAGCUCCGCGGCAACAUCACUCGACGCCAGCCUCGAGGCUCUCUUGGUGCUCGAAGAGAUAAUUCCACCCCCGCCGGUACCCCAAAACCAGCGGCCAGGAAAGUAUCGCCUGGGCAAGAGUCAGAUAGCUUCAAACCCUCUGCUGUACCCAAAGAGGGUCUAUACGCUAUUGGACCCGUCAAAUACUCUUAUAAUACCCCAUGGGAAGCCACUGGCGUUAUAAAUGAUCUUCCGGGCAAGAAUGCCUGGGAUGGCAAUGCCCCUCAAGAUGCCAACAAGCGUCCCGGGGUAUCGAGGAACGCUAGCAAACAGAUGGCCCAAAAAGCUCAGUUCGAUAUUAAACAAAAGCUGGCAGACUCUAUGGACACUGCUAGAGCCGCAGAGCUGGCCCUUAGAGAACUGCUGAGCUCAUGGCGGGCGGCAAAACAGCAGAUUGAUAGUGAUUCGACGCCUUUCGACUUCGAUCCUCUUGCUCUGGAUUUUCCAGCUCUCACUUUGCGGUGUCUUCAGCCACCGCCCACCCUGUUCUCAUCGACUCAGCACCCUACCUCGACAUCCUGGGCGAUACAGUGGCCAGCCCAGCGUGAAUAUGAAGCGCUUCAGACCUACUUCUUGGAGGAAUUCAAGGCAUGGAAAGUUACAUGCGCUUCGGCCACGACCACGGUGAUGGAGGAGAUGGCGUAUCCCCCAACCGGGGGCCCGUAUCGAGACGUGAGAGAGGCCGUAAAGAAGGCUGAGAGAGCCGCUGAAAUGCUUGAGCAGCAUGUCAACGAACACCUGCAGUCUGCGUAUGCAGUUUGGGAGAAUCUGCCCAGCCAGCGGAAAAGUGAACUAUGGCUUCUUGAGCUGGCACGUGGAGUGGGCCGCAAACAUAAGGAAAUGGAGAAGAUGAAAGAGCAGCACCAUAAGCUUAAGCAAGAAAACGCUAAUCUCAAAUCACACAUCGACCAGCUCAACCGACUGCAGCAGCCGAGAGAGUUCAAAGUGCGGUCACCCUCCACCAUUCCCCUAGAACGAGACGUUCUUGCGUACGCCUAUGAGCAGGCUGUCACGGGGACCAAGCUUGUUGGUUUUGAGCUCGAGGAUCGGCAUCUGGACUUGAAUACCCUUGUAGCAAAGUCAAUAGACCGAUGGAAGAAUAUGAUUGUGUCGAGUCGUGUUACUGCCACGGGGAUGACUGCACAGCGGCCUCUGGACCAGACAGCGGCUCAGACUCCUGCUGUGGGAAACCAAAACAGUCCAUCAGAACCCCCAAGCGCCGUGCAAACACCACAGUUGACGCAACCGCCGCCGCCGCCGCCGCAGCCGCAACAGCAGCAGCUCGACAAAAGGCUCUCGACCGCAAGCACGAAUGGUCCGGCCAGUGAGCAAAGCGCUUCGUCUACAACCAACACAGGCCCGCCGUCGAUCGAAGAAACCAGCGAUCAAGAUGCUGAUGCCGAGAUGGAAGACGACGAUAGCUUUGUCAUGAUGAGCCAAUCACCCAUCAAAACAUCGCACCCACCUAUACAGCAGCAGGCGCAGCUUGAUGUUUCUCGGACUCGCAGUCCCAUGAACCAGCAGCAGCAACAGCAGCAGGUACAGGUACAACAACAGGUCCAACAGCAAGUUCAGCAGCAGGUUCAGCAGCAGGUUCAGCAGCAAGUCCAACAGCAGGUUCAGCAGCAGGUCCAACAGCAAGUCCAGCAACAGCAGGCUCAACAGCAGCAGGCACAGCAACGUAACACAGCAGAUAUGCGUUACAUGAUGCAAAACGGAGCUGGGAGCCCUGCAAGCAGAGCCGCCAUGGCCAUGAACCGUGCCAUGCCCAACAUGAACAUGGCGGCAAUGCAAGCCAAUGCCAUGCAUGGCGCGGACAUCACCAUGGCGAUGCAAGGGGUGCGUGGCGACAUGUACUUGGAAUAA